ACACCCGCCUGCUGUGGCGCACUGAAGUCGGGUUCUAAAAAGGUGCGUCGGGGGGGCUGCAGGACUAAAUGACCUUUAGAAUUGGAGCAGUAGGCACGGGGCGACACUCCCUCACAUUGUACUGAGAGACAUCAAUUAUGCAGGGAAGCCGCUCGCUCUGAGGAGGGCCGCUAUUGCUGGAGGUGGAGGUGCUGGUGUGCGUGGAGAGGGGGGGAAGACGGCAGCAGCAAUAUGGCGACAACCGCAUUUUCUCCAAGACCGUUCGCGCCUUUGCAGUCUCGCCACGGCACCUUGGUUUCACUGUGACGCUUCUGAGAUCUGCCACCUUGGAUGGUCACAACCUAAAGACCGCGUAGUUGCAGGAUGAAAACAUGGCUGCCCCCCUACUCGCACCGCCAGGUCCUGACAGCUUCAAGAGAUUUAAUGUGGAAUCAUUGGCGGCCCUCGAGCAGCGCAUCAACGAGGAGAAGAACAAGAAGCCGGCCAGGCAGGACAGCAGUUACCGUGAUGAUGAUGAUGAGAACAAGCCCAAGCCCAACAGUGACCUGGAGGCUGGCAAGAGCCUGCCCUACAUCUAUGGGGACAUCCCGAAGGGAAUGGUGGCGGUACCACUGGAGGAUCUGGACCCGUACUACCUGAAUUCUCAGAAAACAUUUAUAGUGCUAAAUAGGGGGAAGACAAUCUUCCGUUUCAGUGCCACACCUGCCUUGUACUUCAUAAGUCCUUUUAAUCCGGUUAGGCAACUAGCUAUUAAAAUUUUGAUACAUUCUCUUUUCAGCAUGAUCAUCAUGUGUACUAUUUUGACCAACUGUAUAUUCAUGACCUUUAGUGAUCCUCCUGAGUGGUCAAAACAAGUAGAGUAUACCUUCACGGGAAUUUAUACAUUUGAGUCGCUCGUAAAAAUCACGGCACGAGGAUUCUGUAUAGAUGGCUUUACAUUCCUCCGAGACCCAUGGAACUGGCUGGACUUUAUGGUCAUCUCCAUGGCAUAUAUAACAGAGUUUGUGGACCUGGGCAAUGUAUCUGCGCUGAGAACGUUCAGAGUUCUCCGAGCAUUGAAAACUAUCUCUGUCAUUCCAGGCCUGAAGACCAUCGUGGGUGCCCUCAUCCAGUCAGUCAAGAAGCUUUCUGAUGUGAUGAUCCUGACUGUCUUCUGCCUCAGUGUCUUUGCACUCAUCGGUCUGCAGCUCUUCAUGGGCAAUCUGCGCCACAAGUGUGUCAUCUGGCCCAUCAACAUAACCGAGAGCUUCCCGAUCAACGGAAGCUUCGACUGGAAUGAGUACAUCAUGAACAACACAAAUUUCUACAUCCUGCCCGGCCAGUCCGAUGCUCUUCUCUGUGGAAACAGCUCAGACUCAGGGCGUUGCCCAGAGGGAUACACGUGCAUGAAAGCUGGACGGAAUCCAAACUACGGUUACACCAGCUUCGACAGCUUCGGAUGGGCCUUCCUGGCUCUCUUCCGACUCAUGACACAGGACUUCUGGGAAAACCUCUACAUGCUGACAUUAAGGGCGGCAGGAAAGACCUACAUGAUCUUCUUUGUGUUGGUGAUCUUUGUGGGUUCCUUCUAUUUGGUCAACCUGAUCCUGGCUGUGGUGGCCAUGGCCUAUGAGGAGCAGAACCAAGCUACCAUGGAGGAGGCCCAGCAGAAGGAGGAAGAGUUUAAGGCCAUGCUGGAGCAGCUCAAGAAACAACAAGAAGAAGCUCAAACCGCUGCCAUGGCAACCUCUGCCGGAACAGUAUCAGAGGAUGCGGUUGAGGAUGACGGAGGAGGGCGGCUGUCGUGCAGCUCUUCUGAGAUGUCCAAGCUCAGCUCCAAGAGUGCAAAAGAGCGGCGCAACCGCAAGAAGAAGUGGCGACAGAAAGAGCAAGAGAAGGAGAAAGGCGAUAGUGAGAAGUUUGUCAAAUCCGAGUCGGAUGACGGCAGCAAGAGGAGCCGCUUCCGCUUUCCCGAUAACCGCCUGGGGCGAAAAUCUUCUAUUAUGAACCAAUCUCUCCUCAGCAUACCAGGUUCACCCUUCCUGUCCCGCCACAACAGCAAGAGCAGCAUAUUCAGUUUCAAGGGCCGCGGCAAGGACGUGGGUUCGGAAAACGAGUUUGCAGAUGAUGAACACAGCACGGUGGAGGAGUGCGAGGAGCGCCGGGGGUCCCUGUUCAGCCCGUAUCGGCGCAGCAGUUAUAGUGGCUACCAUGGGAAGAGGAACAGCACAGUGGAUUGCAAUGGCGUGGUGUCCCUCAUCGGCCCUGGGCCCGGUGGACGCCUUCUGCCUGAGGUGAAAAUAGAUAAGGCAGCUACUGACAACAGUCCCACUACUGAGGUUGAGGUGAAGAAGAAGCUGUCUGGCUCCCUGAUGGUGUCUGUGGACCAGCUCAAUACCUCCUUCGGGCGGAAAGAGCGGGCCAACAGUGUCAUGAGCGUCAUUACCAACACACUAGUGGAGGAACUGGAAGAGUCCCAGCGCAAGUGUCCACCAUGCUGGUAUAAGUUUUCAAACACAUUCCUGAUAUGGGAAUGCUCCCCAACAUGGCUGAGGAUUAAGGAGAUCGUCAACCUGAUAGUCAUGGAUCCCUUUGUGGACUUGGCCAUCACCAUCUGCAUCGUCCUCAACACGCUCUUCAUGGCCAUGGAGCACUACCCCAUGACACCCGACUUCGAGGACAUGCUCUAUGUGGGGAAUCUGGUGUUCACUGGGAUCUUUGCUGGAGAAAUGAUGUUCAAACUAGUGGCCAUGGAUCCGUAUUACUACUUCCAAGAAGCCUGGAAUUGUUUCGAUGGCUUCAUCGUGACACUGAGUUUAGUUGAACUGGCUCUAGCUGACGUCGAGGGUCUGUCAGUGCUGCGGUCAUUCCGACUGCUGAGAGUGUUUAAGCUGGCUAAGUCAUGGCCAACUCUCAAUAUGCUGAUCAAGAUCAUUGGCAACUCUGUGGGGGCUUUAGGGAACUUGACUCUCGUGUUGGCCAUCAUCGUCUUCAUCUUUGCCGUGGUGGGCAUGCAGCUAUUUGGAAAGAGUUACAAAGACUGCGUGUGCAAGAUCGAUGCUGACUGCAAUCUGCCACGCUGGCACAUGAACGACUUCUUCCACUCCUUCCUGAUUGUGUUCCGGGUGCUUUGCGGGGAGUGGAUUGAGACCAUGUGGGACUGCAUGGAGGUAGCCGGCCAGGGCAUGUGCCUGAUUGUCUUCAUGAUGGUCAUGGUCAUUGGCAACUUGGUGGUGUUGAACCUGUUCCUUGCCUUGCUGCUGAGCUCAUUCAGCGCAGACAACUUGGCUGCCACUGAUGAUGACGGCGAGCUUAACAAUCUACAAAUUUCUGUCAUUCGCAUCAAGAAAGGCAUUGCGUGGAUCAAAGCCAAGGUGCGGCUGCUCGUGGCCAGCCUGCUGAGGAAACCACCCAUGGAGGACGAGCAGAAGCCUUUGGAUGACAUGUACGACAAGAAGCUGAACUGUAUUGCCAACCACACAGGAGUGGACAUAAACCGAGAUCUGGACUAUGCAAAGAAUGGCAAUGGUACAACCAGCGGCAUUGGCAGCAGCGUGGGCAAGUACAUGAUCGAUGAAGACCACAUGUCAUUCAUCCACAACCCCAACCUGACCGUCUGCGUACCCAUUGCGGUCGGGGAGUCUGACUUUGAGAACCUGAAUACAGAGGACUUCAGCAGCGAGUCAGACAAUGAGAACAGUAAAGAGCUGGACGAAACCAGCUCGUCGGAGGGCAGCACCAUUGACAUCAAGCCAGAUGUGGAGGAGGUGGUGGUGGUGGAGACGGUGGAGGAAUACAUGGAACCAGAAGCAUGCUGGACAGAUGCGUGCGUGGCUAAGUACAAGUGCUGCGAUGUCGACAUCACCAUGGGCUGGGGGAAGAGCUGGUGGUUCCUGAGGAAAACCUGCUACCUGAUCGUCGAGCACAACUGGUUUGAGACGCUUAUCAUCUUUAUGAUCCUCCUCAGCAGUGGAGCUCUGGCCUUUGAGGAUGUGUACAUUGAGCAGAGGAAAACCAUCCGGAUCAUUUUGGAGUAUGCGGACCGCGUUUUCACGUACAUCUUCAUCCUGGAGAUGCUGCUGAAAUGGGUCGCGUAUGGUUUCGUCAAAUACUUCACCAACGCUUGGUGUUGGCUGGACUUCUUCAUUGUGGACGUGUCUAUAGUCAGCCUUGUAGCUAAUGCGCUGGGCUACUCCGAUCUAGGGCCCAUUAAAUCACUCAGGACACUAAGGGCCUUGAGACCCCUCAGAGCCUUGUCACGUUUUGAAGGGAUGAGGGUGGUAGUCAACGCCUUGGUGGGAGCCAUCCCUUCCAUUAUGAAUGUGUUGCUGGUUUGCCUCAUCUUUUGGCUGAUUUUCAGUAUUAUGGGAGUCAACCUGUUUGCGGGCAAGUACUACUACUGCUUCAACGAGACCUCCGGGGAGUACUUCCCUGUUGACGUGGUCAACAACAGGAGCCAGUGCGAAGCCCUUAUGGAACAGAAUUUUACAGAGGUCAGGUGGAAGAACGUCAAAAUCAACUUUGACAAUGUGGGCGCCGGCUACCUGGCCUUGUUGCAAGUGGCCACGUUCAAAGGCUGGAUGGACAUUAUGUAUGCGGCUGUGGAUUCCAGAGAGGUGGGAGACCAGCCCGACUACGAAGUUAACAUCAACAUGUACAUCUACUUUGUGGUUUUCAUCAUCUUUGGCUCCUUCUUCACCCUCAAUCUCUUCAUCGGUGUGAUCAUUGACAACUUCAACCAGCAAAAGAAAAAGUUUGGAGGUCAGGAUAUCUUCAUGACAGAAGAACAGAAGAAGUACUACAAUGCCAUGAAGAAACUUGGCUCCAAAAAGCCUCAGAAACCCAUCCCUCGACCACAGAACAAGAUCCAAGGAAUGGUGUUUGACUUUGUCACACAGCAAGUCUUCGACAUCUCCAUCAUGAUCCUCAUUUGUCUCAACAUGGUCACCAUGAUGGUGGAAACAGAUGACCAAUCCGAUGAGACAGAAAAUGUCCUCUACUGGGUCAACUUCAUCUUCAUUGUGGUCUUCACUACAGAAUUCUUGCUAAAACUAUUUGCUCUUCGUCACUACUACUUCACCAAUGGUUGGAACAUCUUUGACGUGGUGGUAGUCAUCCUAUCUAUUGUUGGAAUGUUUCUGGCAGACCUUAUCGAGAAGUACUUUGUAUCUCCGACGCUGUUCCGAGUGAUCCGCUUGGCUCGUAUCGGACGUAUCCUGCGUCUCAUCAAGGGAGCAAAGGGCAUCCGGACGUUACUCUUCGCCCUGAUGAUGUCGCUGCCAGCCCUGUUCAACAUUGGCCUCUUGCUCUUUCUGGUCAUGUUCAUCUUCUCCAUCUUCGGCAUGUCCAACUUUGGCUACGUGAAGCACAGCGCCGGCAUUGACGACAUGUACAACUUUGAGACCUUCGGCAACAGCAUGAUCAUCCUGUUCAUGAUCACCACUUCAGCCGGCUGGGACGGCUUGCUUCUGCCCAUCCUCAACUACCCGCCGGACUGUAACCCCAACCUGGAGAACCCCGGCACCUCGGUCAAGGGCGACUGCGGUAACCCCUCCGUGGGGAUAUUUUUCUUUGUCAUGUACAUCAUCAUUUCCUUCCUCAUUGUGGUCAACAUGUACAUCGCCAUCAUCCUGGAGAACUUCAGCGUGGCCACGGAGGAGAGCGCGGAUCCGCUGAGUGAGGACGACUUUGAGACCUUCUACGAGAUCUGGGAGAAGUUUGAUCCCACAGCCUCUCAGUUCAUCACCUUUGCCAAACUGUCGGAUUUUGCCGACGCGCUCGAGCACCCGCUUCGCGUUCCCAAGCCCAACACUAUCGAGCUGAUCGCCAUGGACAUGCCCAUGGUGAGCGGCGAUCGCAUCCACUGCCUGGACAUCCUGUUUGCCUUCACCAAGCGCGUGCUGGGCGACAGUGGUGAGUUGGACAUGCUGAGGCAGCAGAUGGAGGAGCGCUUUGUGGCGGCCAACCCCUCCAAGGUCUCGUACGAGCCCAUCACCACCACGUUGCGGCGCAAGCAGGAGGAUGUCUCGGCCAGGAUCAUCCAAAACGCCUACCGCGCUCACCUCAUCCGCCGCGGCAUCAUUUUCAAGCGCCACACGUUCGCUAACAACAAGCUUGAGAAUGGGGGCACCAACCAGGAGAAGAAGGAGAGCACGCCAUCCACCGCCUCGCUCCCUUCGUACGACAGCGUGACGAAACCUGACAAGGAGAAGCAAGAUGACAACAAGGAGGACUGGGCCAGGAAGGAGAAGGACAAAAACCAAAAAGACGAGUGGGAAUCAAAGUGUUAGGCACCACCUGAGUAGAAAGAGAGUGACUAUUUGCAAGUAAUAAAACCCGAGAAAUAGAAAGGGAAAAAAAUGUUUACAGACUACUGAGGCAACAUGGUUUCUUAUGUCAUCAAAGACAGCUGAACCAAACACAAUCUGUUUACUGUGGAACUUUGCUGCAUAAUGACCAAGUUCUUAGACAUAGUGACUCACAACAGUGCGCUGGCCAUGAGAUACACACACACACACACACACUCACGGAUAUCUGUAGGGACCAACUUGCCAAGGCACACAACUCUCUGCUGAGUGAAUGAGAGAAUAGCAAUGUCCCUGCCACCACUGAGCAUGUGAAGUCCCUCUGCAAGGCUUCCAUGCGGGAGCACCGCUAGAACUGUAACAUCAGUCUAAAGGAAGAAGAAGAAGAAGAAGAAGAAGAAGGAAAAAAAUAAAAUAAAAUUCCAAAUCAACCACACAAGCAAACAAGCUAGUUUUUGAAUGGGAGAUGGAAUACUGAAAUGUAGACCCAGGUGUUUUUUGUUUUGUUAGGUAAUUUCUUUUUUUUGGGGGGGGGGGGGGGGUUGCUUGCUUGUUUGUGCCUCAGUGCAUCUUAACAUGAUUUGGCAGCAACAAAAAAAAGAAGAUCAUCCAGCUCAUGUCACAAGUGCUUUCAUCUCUCUUUUAUGCUGACAUAAGGAAAAGACAUUCCGGUUCUCGAGAUGGUUUUGAUUCGGGGAGACUCAGAUCAAUAAUAAUAAUAAUUAUUGUGCUUGUUCAAUGCAUAGAAAUGACUUGCAUGAAGGCAUGUUUUGAUCAGGAAUCAUGCAUGAGUACUCAUAGUUCACAAGACACUUAAUGUUCACAACCCUGCAGUGAUUUCACAGUAUGAGUUGGGGGCGGCUGCCCGCUGGGGAUGGUAAUGAGCCGUAUAGAAUCUUUGUGACAGAGCGGCGACUGCUUUUUUAAUGCUAACUCCCAGUUUGGAAACAUAAUGGUUUUGUUUUUGCUGCUCUGCAAUCGAAUGCUGGCGUCAAAGAUGCAGAAGUCAACCCUCAUGUUGAGGAUGCGCGCUCAUCCUCAUCGGAGUGUGCGGCUCACAUUACUUUUGCUGACUCAUGUCGGGACAAUGUUCGCCGCAGAGUUUGCGACGAUUUGAUUUGGGGCGCUCCAACAUUAAAAGGGGAGCCACACUACUGUUGUAGGCCUUGUAGACAGUGGAGAAAGAUGUGUUUGAUUUCCUCUUUUGUACUUGCGACAGAUCUGCAUUCGAGCUUCCCAGCCAGUCGUCAUGUAAUCUCACGCGUUUCUGACAAUUUGGAGCCACCGUCUGGGAAUUUGUCUUCUCGGCUGAUCUCCCACGGGGCUGGAGAACGACAUGGACCACAAAGUGCGGGCAGGGUCAGCGCACAGCGGUCCCAAGCACUUGCUUUGUCGUGCCUAGCGUGAAUGGAAGGAAGGGGGGAAUGCAACAAAAAGGGCUUGUUGGUUGCUAUAAUCCAGUCGGCUUUGUCUGCGGGUGGUCCUCUACAACACAAUCAACUGCCAUGUUUGUCAGUGUAUCAUUGGCACCAUCUUUGUUUUCCCACACACGCUUCCAGUGAGUCGGGCAAAAAUGACAAAAGCAAAACUUGCGAUGGACCUCACCAGGCCUCACACGGAUGCAGCUACAAUGUGUGAGCAAUCAAAUAGGCUUUGUGGAUUUUUCCUCCUCCGUGAAGAAGCGCAAGGCUUUGUCAAUCCAGCUUCCUCUUGAGGUGUUCCUGCCAUUCCUUUUGUAUGUGCCAGUCAAUAGUCCUAUUUCUACGCAGAUGGCUUGCCCGGCGUCUGCCGUCACACCACUAACACCCCUUUAGGUGUGUUCAACACUGCCUGUGCUCCAAACGAACCCCCCCCCCCCCCCCCUGUGUCUCUACCAUGAAACCAGGUCCUCCAGUAGUUUUGGCUGCUGCACAUUAAAACCAAAUACAUUCCCAACGAGAGAACCACUGGAGCGAGCUGCGCUGUCCAGCUGAACUUUGCUCGUCUUGGAUCGAACCGCUCCGACUGACUCACUCACAAAUAAAUAAAUAAGACCCCCCCACCCACC